CAACUCUCGUCUUCCCACCGCGUUCUUAUCCUCCUUAAACCUCUCCAAGACCCCCAACUCAUACCCUUCCCGAGCUCCCUCCGAUGGCCGCAUCCAUGGCGACCUCCUUCCUCCUCUCCAACCCCAAGUCCCUCUUCGCCGGCAACCACCACCUCCGCUCCUCAUUCAGUGGCCUCCGCCUGGCGGCUACCCCCCUCCCAUCCCACUCGGGCAGCGGCAAGGCCGCCCUGUCCGUCACCUCCGCCUUGGCCGCCCCCAAGUAUGACGUCGGCUCCUUCUCCUUCGAGCCCAUCCAGGAGUCCAUCGUCUCCCGGGAGAUGACCCGCCGCUACAUGACCGACAUGAUCAGCUAUGCGGAUACGGACGUGGUGGUCAUCGGCGCCGGCUCUGCGGGGCUGUCCUGCGCAUACGAGAUCUCCAAGGACCCGUCCGUGCGCGUGGCCAUCGUGGAGCAGUCCGUUUCCCCCGGAGGCGGCGCGUGGCUCGGCGGCCAGCUCUUCUCCGCCAUGGUCGUCCGCAAGCCCGCCCACCUCUUCCUCGACGAGCUCGGCGUCCCGUACGACGAGGCCGACAACUACGUCGUGGUCCGCCACGCUGCACUCUUCACCUCCACCAUCUUGAGCCGCCUCAUCGCCCGCCCCAACGUCAAGCUCUUCAACGCCGUCGCCGCCGAGGACCUCAUCGUCAAGGAAGGGCGCGUCGCCGGCGUGGUGACCAACUGGGCGCUGGUGUCCAUGAACCAUGACACCCAGUCCUGCAUGGACCCCAACGUGAUGGAGGCCAAGGUGGUGGUGAGCUCCUGCGGCCACGACGGGCCCUUUGGCGCCACCGGCGUUAAGCGGCUGAAGGGCAUCGGGAUGAUCGACUCGGUGCCCGGGAUGAAGGCCCUGGAUAUGAACGCAGCGGAGGACGCCAUCGUCCGACUCACCAGGGAGGUCGUCCCGGGCAUGAUCGUCACCGGCAUGGAGGUCGCCGAGAUCGAUGGCGCUCCAAGAAUGGGGCCGACGUUUGGGGCGAUGAUGAUCUCCGGGCAAAAGGCGGCGCAUCUGACGCUGAAGGCCCUGGGGCGGCCCAACGCUCUCGACGGCACAACCCGAGCCGAGCCGCUGCACCCAGAGCUCGUGCUGGCCUCGGCAGACGGCGGCGGCGAGACUGUCGAUGCUUAAGACUGCCCGCAAGAAGUAGCUUUGCCUUGGAAUAAAGAUAGGGGCUGUGUAUGAGUUUACGGUGACCGGAGAGGAUGAGAGGCUCGGCGAGCUGCCUCUAUGAAUGCUGUGGAGAAAGAAACCCUUUAUCUCCUACCUUAUCUACGGUCUGUAGUUUCUACUGUUCCAUGUAACUUUGUUGUUGUGCUGUAAGAACUCAUGGUUUAUCCCC